AUGGCUCGCGGUAAUUCCAAGCGCUCCCUGGAGGAGAUUGCCAACAUGUCCGACUCCAACGACGAAGAUUGGAGCGAGACUGACCACCGUCCGCGCUCGCGACGUGGGAGCCGAAAGGCAAAGGGCAAGCCAAGUCCUAAGAAACGCUCCCGACCCUCGAAGAAGCGCCGUCGCAACUCCCACACUAUUGUGUCUGAUGAAGAUGAUUUUUCCGACGAAGAUGACCUGUCAAUUGAAGAGGAAUUGGAGGAAUCCGAUGAUCCUAAUGUCCCCCGCAAUGCCCGCGGCACCGCUCGUCGCAGCACCACCACUAAGAAGCGUCCGCUCUAUGAAGAGCCUGACUCCGAUGCCGAUGCCGAUGAAGCUGAAGAUGAAGAUGAAGAUGAAGAUCUUGAUGCCGAGGGCGAGACUUUCGAUGAAGCCUCCCCAAAGAAAAAGUCAAACCUGGUUACUUUGAGACUCCCUCCUGCGGUCCUGUCACAGCCCGCUUUCACCUCUACCCGCCGUACUACUCGCCGUACUCGCGAUGUCUCUGAAGAUAUCGUCGCCUUAACUAACUCUGGUCGUCACAUCCAGACCGUUCAACGGGGUACCAGAAGCCCCUCUCCCACCAUCAUGCGUCAUGUCUCUCGCGGUGCUACAGUGCCCCCUAUCACUGAAGAAUCUGUUAUGUCUUCCGAAAUCCUGGCUUCUAUGGAAGUAUUGGAAAGUGAUGCGCCUGACGUGACUAUGGAAGAAGGUGUCGUUCCUGAGUCGGAGAACGGGGACGCAAAGAACCAGGGCGAUGCAGACGAUGAAUACAGUGACGAUGGAAGUCCAAUCAAGCGACGAAGCAAGCCCACUCAGUUUGAGCCCAGCGCCGGAGAAGAGACCGAGCAUUCCAAGGAAAAGCCUGAGACUGAGCCUCGCCGAUCUGGUCGCAAGAAGCCAGUAAAGAGCUCACAGAAGAAGGCCGAGGACGAGAGCGACUUUGAACCCGAAGAAGAGGAUUCUAACGACGACGUCUCUGAAUCUGAGAAAUCAUUGGCCUCCCCACGGAAGAGCGGACGCGAGACCGAAGAUGACAGCACCGCUGGUCGUCGUGCAGGACUACGCAAGCGCACAUCUCAAUCUCAUGGCCAGUCUGAUGUCGACGAACUUGCUUUCGAGAUUCAAGACCUGCGCGAAGGAAAUGGAAAGCCGCGACGUCGUGUCCAAGAACCGACCACUUACGAUAAACCACGCCGCAAUGUCAAGAAUGUCGAUUACCGUCUCUUUCGCCCUGAGCCCAACUCUAAUGACGCUGAAGAUGAGGCGGCUACCGAUUCACACUCUCGUAAGGGGCGUGGUGGAGGAGGCGGCGGCGGCGGCUAUCAACGUAUCCUCUACUCAACCGCUGGUCCUUUCGGUGGCACCGGUCUGACGUCUAUUCUGGGUCCCUCUGAUGCCCUCGCUGGAGCUGGAGGUGAGGAAAGUGACAGCAGCGAUGACGAGUUCGAGCCAUCCAAGGCCACUGGUCUUGUUCCACAGACACACAACGCUGAUGCGCAGCUCGCUGGAACGCCGGCCAACUUCGGCAAGCUGAAGGAUAAGCAGACCUUGGCAGAUGCCGACCCAUUGGGCGUUGACAUGAAUGUCAACUUUGACAGCGUGGGGGGUCUGCAGGGGCACAUCGACCAGCUCAAGGAGAUGGUGUCCCUCCCCCUCCUGUACCCGGAGAUCUUCCAACGAUUCCAUAUCGUUCCUCCUCGGGGUGUCCUCUUCCAUGGACCCCCAGGAACCGGUAAGACUCUCCUGGCCCGGGCGUUGGCAAACAGCGUGAGCUCUGAGGGCAGAAAGGUCAGCUUCUACAUGCGGAAGGGGGCCGAUACGUUGAGCAAGUGGGUUGGUGAGGCGGAGCGUCAAUUGCGUCUUCUCUUCGAAGAAGCGCGUAAGAACCAGCCAAGUAUCAUCUUCUUUGAUGAAAUUGACGGCUUGGCUCCCGUGCGAUCUAGCAAACAGGAACAAAUCCACGCUUCGAUUGUUUCAACUCUCCUGGCAUUGAUGGACGGUAUGGAUGGCCGUGGACAGGUCAUAGUUAUCGGUGCUACCAACCGCCCAGAUUCAGUCGAUCCCGCUUUGCGUCGUCCCGGUCGUUUUGACCGCGAGUUCUAUUUCCCCCUACCCAACCUUGAGGGCCGACGCGCCAUUUUGGACAUUCACACCAAGGGCUGGGAUCCCGCCCUCCCCGGUGAGAUCAAGGAUGAGCUCGCAAAGAUCACGAAGGGCUACGGCGGCGCUGACCUGCGCGCUCUCUGCACCGAGGCUGCACUAAACGCCGUCCAGCGCAAGUAUCCUCAGAUCUACAAAUCCGACAAGAAGCUCAUUAUCAAUCCAAAGCACAUCGAUGUUCUUCCCAAGGAUUUCAUGAUUGCCGUCAAGAAGAUGGUCCCCUCUUCAGAACGAUCUACCUCUUCAGGAGCAUCCGCCUUGCCGCAGAAUGUCGAGCCUCUCCUCCGCCAAGCAUUGGCCGAAGUUCAGAAGGCUUUGUCAGAGGUCCUUCCCAUGCGCAAGAGACUUACUGCCUUGGAAGAAGCUCAGUACGAAGAACCUAACGAUGGCAAUGGCUUCCGCCGCGAACAGAUGAUGCAAGAGUUCGAUCGCUCGCGUGUCUUCCGCCCACGUAUGCUCCUGCGUGGCCCGCAAGGAAUGGGUCAGCAAUAUCUCGCUGCAGCCCUUUUGCACCAGUUCGAGGGUCUACAUGUCCAGGCUUUCGACCUCCCCACCUUACUCAGUGAUUCCACCCGCUCGCCUGAAGCUGCGGUUAUUCAACUCUUCGCCGAAGUGAAGCGACACCGACCAAGUGUGAUCUACAUCCCUAACAUCCAGACAUGGUUCGAAACAGUUGGAACUACUGUCAUUUCUACAUUCCUUGGUCUACUUCGCUCACUCCCUCCUUCUGACCCUGUCUUGCUCCUCGGUGUUCUUGAGGCCGGUGAAGAUGAUGUGGAUACUGCUCUGCUUAAGCAGUUGUUCGGUUUCUCUAAGAAGAAUCUGUUCGACUUGCCGGCUCCUGAUAGCGACGCUCGUAAGGAGUUCUUUGGAAAACUCAUUGAGUACGUCAAAACUGCACCCUCCGAUUUUCCAGACCCAGAGAACCGCAAGAAGCGUCAACUCGAAGAACUGGAAGUCGCACCUCCGCCUUCACCAGUGACUGCAGCACCGAUUAGCAAGGAGGAGCAGAAAGCUCAGAAGAAGAAGGAUCGACAGACCCUCAAUCUCCUUAAGAUCCGCAUCCAGCCCAUCAUGGAUCAGAUCAAGAAAUACAAGCAGUUCCGCAAUGGUGUAAUUGAGGAGGGCCAGUAUAAAUACUUGCUGGAUGAAGCAGACCCCAAUAUUGUCACUAGUGACCUUCCCGAUGAGCAAGGCGUCCCCCGACCAUUCGAGAAGGCGGUUGACAAAUACGGUGCUCCCGGCCUCAGAGAAGUUGCCACAGAGAAGUUUUUCUACAACAUGGACAUUGUAAUCAUGGAAAAGCGUUUGUCGAAUGGGUUCUACAAACGUCCCAUGGACUUCCUGGCCGAUAUGAAGCGAAUUGCAAAGGAUGCACGCCAGACCGGAGAUCACAACAGAAUUUUGCGCGCUAAUGAGCUACUGUCUAAUGUCGAAGUGGACAUCUCUAUGAUUGAACAAGCUGACCCGGCUCUUGUCACUGAAUGUGAGGGCGUUUACUUGCGCGAUCUCGCUCGAGAGAAGGAAGCCAUUGAACGUGCCCGCAAAGCUGAAGAAGAAGCAGAAAAGCUGCGACUGGAAGAGGAGGCUGCCUAUGAUGCAGCUCUUGCAAGUGUCCGCCCCAUUACACCUGCCCAUCAGAUCACUGCCAGCUUCUCAAAUGGACUCCAAAACGGCGGUGGCUCCGACCUGAACGACCCUGGUAACAAUGCCCAGAGCAAUGGUUCUCACGGCGAUGCCGACGGCGACGUUUUCAUGUCCAACUCUGAAGAUCACUCUGUCAGCAAGAAUACGCAGGUCAGCUCGUUUGGACCUUCUGCUCAACCUAAGCCCCUCUACUCCCACACCGCACCUUCUCAGCAGAUUCGCCGUGAGUCCGGCCUGUCGAGCUUCUCGCAGAAGGGUCCCAUGACGCCCAUGGCUCCUGGUUCUCAGCCUGGAGAUUACACCAAUGAAGCAUCCACCACCCAGACCACUUCCUACAAAAAGUCCUCUGAGCACUCCUCUCACCAGCCAGAGAACCUGCCUAGCCCUCACAUCUCUCGUCACGAUUAUCCCGAUCUCUCUCAAUACCCCGACCGUGUCUCGCAGGAGGAGCACCUCCCUGACACACAGCAAGGUGGCAGCUCUCAGCCUUCGCCGCGUGCUCGCGACUCCCUCGAACAAUCACAGCAGAAACCACAGCCUCCUCUGUUCUCGGCCAAUCUGGGCUCUCUGCUUGUCGAGGAGCCAGCCCCUCAGCUGGCCCUCGACCUUGACUACGUCAGCCGCCUUCAUGGCGAGCUGACCCGGCAGUCAAGCAGCUGCUCCAUCGAGCAGCUGGAGCAGAUCAACACGGCCCUUAUGGAGUACAUUUGGCAGAUGCGCGGGGAGUGGGACCGCACCUGCGUGGCGCAGGGUGUCUCCAAGACCUUUAACGAGGUCUUGGAGGACAUCCUGGCCGCGUAG